AAAAACCAUCAUCAAUCUCCCAUCAACCUAUUACCGGUCUCAUGACCAUGUCAAACUAUCACCAUCAAGCCCAACAGCAACAGCAACAACAACAGAACAAUCAGACCAAUAACAAUAACCUCGACUUCCAACUCAACAGUAACAGCAUCAGCCGACAAACCAUGUACCGAUCGGAAAUCGAAGGAGAUGCCAUCAAGAGAGCACUCUGCGGUCUAUCACCAGAUACUAGACAGUCACUAUUAACCAUCCUACUGGCAACUCAGUCUAACAAUCACCAAAACCAACAAGAUCAACAUCAACAGCGGCAGCAGCAGCAGCAACAGCAGCAACAACAACAACAGCAGCAGCAGCAACACCACCACCAGCAACAGCAUCACCAGCAACAGCAUCACUUGCAGCAACCACAUCAACAACAACAACCAGGAUCUUCCAAUCAACCAAUCUACCACCAGCGAGAUCUCGAUCAACAGAUACAAUCACCUAGUCAUCUUAACUAUCAAGCUACUAGCAAUUGGAAUGAUCUCAACUUUAUCCCAUCCCUGCUUGCCAAUCAGCAGCAACACCACCAACAACAUCAGCCACUGCACUCUGAGCUUCCAAGCCCAAUAUUGUCCGAUCAAGUCUCCAAACACGCUUUCCAUUCCAGCCUAACAGAGACAAUGCCUAAUGAAAUCACUCCGGUCUUAUCACCCAGUAUGACCCCACUAUCUACCUUCUCAACCUCCUCUUAUCCAAGUUCGACCACCAUCUCCGAUGCACUUUCAUCCCAUAGUUCUGUACAUCAGCCCUUUCAGCCCUCCAAUCCUCAGCUGGAGUUCUUUUCGCCCUUAACCAGUCCUGCCCUCAGACCCCUCGGAUAUCAUGACUCAACUCAGAUCAAUAGAAACGAAAUCAAUAAUCAAGUGCCUUCAAAUUUUCAAACUGUCACACAUCCCAUGCCAGCUUUGAUCGAUCAGGCCGCUUCCCUAGGUCUAUCCGCCCAUCAGUCUUUCAUGGUCGGCGGCGAUGGUCUAUCAGCUAACCCGAAUAGAUCUCAAUCCGAUCACACCAACAAGCCGGCUCAGUUAUCCUCCCAAACUCAUCUCAACCAGUCUGCCUCGGCAAUCUUUCCAUCUCAACCAAACUUCAUUCCUCACUCAAAAUGUGCAACAAGAAUCAAUCAAGUACCAGCAAUACCUGACGUCGGAAUCUGCCACACCGAACGUAUUAAUCAAUCACCCAUCUUACAUCCCCACCACUCCUCUUCCAAUAGCAUAACUGUUCCUGCUACCCCAUCAACUUCCUCAACCAACAAGCUUUCUGGACGACAAAGACCCUCUCGCAGCAGUAAAAGUCGGCCUAGUCCUUUGAUCCGACCUGUAGACAAGUCCGUUGAAAGCUGCGAUGACAGGAGUAGUGUCGCAAAACGAGCUCGGAGUCUAACGGGAGCCUCGAUCUCAAUGAGUCCGAAUUUCCCUAGUGGGCUGGCAAAGAUGGGCCUAGCUGAUUCCCCAAGUCCAAUAGACAUGCAAUCCAGAGAGCUCAACUCAAUAUCGUCCUCGUCGUCAUCCCUCGUAGAGAAUUCUGUCACCAACUCGACCCACUCGCACGUCCUUCCUGCCAAGCUUCCACCACAGGGCGUAUCGUCCAUACCUUCCAACCCUAACGGAUGGCGCAUACAACCGAUGACCCCCGCCAGUCUCUUCAACUUUGAAAACUCCAUGGUCGUAGAGGCACCAAUCUCCAAUCCAAAAGACAACAUGCAAGGAGAUGACAAUGGGAGUUGUGGAAAAUUGAAAAGCGUCAAUGAGACGUUCGAAUGUGGACAAGCCUCUGAAAAGAACAAUGAGUCGGUCAACAACAAAGAAUCUACCGCAAAUGCCGAUCAUUCUCUUCAUGUCGAGCAACCAAGUAAGAGUACCGGAUCCAGUAGAUCAGGUUCGAAAGAGAAAACUUCAGUGAAUGGGUCCAAUUCAGGAAAAAAUAAAUCGAAAGAAAACAAUCCAAAAGUGAAGAAGAAUGGAGUUAACAAAGUAAGAUUAGAUUCGAUGAUGAGUCUAAAUAACGAAGAAGAAGGACCGGAGCACCGAAAGAGUUCACAUAAAGUAGCGGAACAACGAAGAAGAGAUAGUUUGAAGAUGUGUUUUGAAGAUCUCCGACACAUCUUGCCGCCGAUCCAAUGGAAUGAGAAGGAGGAAGGACAAGCGCAGGAGAGACGGCCGGGAGAAGGCAACGUUGGUGGACAACGAAGUGUCAAUGCGUUUGAUCCGUUGAAUCCGAACAAAGGAAUGAGCAAGGUGGCCCUGCUGCGACGGUCGAAUGAGUACAUCCUGAGGUUGAAGGAACGAUUGAAGAGGAGAGAUGGGGCGAUCGAGAUGUUAGUGAAGAUGCUCGCUGACCAUCAACUUGGUACCAUGCCCAAAGACGGAGCGCCAAAGCCACAAGAAACAGAAGAACCUGGUCCCUCUGGUAGUCCUAGUCGGCCGAACAAGACUCAUGAACAACAGUCUUCUAAAGGAUCAGACCCUCUUCAAGCCCUGGAAGAUAGCCUCACUAAACAUCCUCAUCCUCAUCAUCAGCAAGCGAUGUUGGACGACUUGAGGCAGAUUUUGGGGCAGAUCCGGCUGGAGAAACAGGAGGAUAAGGACGACCAUCGUAUCCAUCAACAUCAUCAAAUCCAUCAUGAUCCAAGUCGGGGUAGCCUUAGCGGCGAAGAGCUAGAUUAAUCAUGCCCGACUCUUACUCUCUCUCUCUCUCUGUUGAUCAUCUUCAUUAAGAACAUAAGUAGUACGUUAACUUGGCUGUUAUAUAUACAUGUCUGUCUGUAUCCAUCUCAAUCCAUUUGGUACUUGGGGCUUCUUUGAUUUUCUUAAUUAGUCUUCUGGUUUGUUAUUUGAUUUCUUCCAAAUCUCCAACAUAUUAUCUCUAUCUGGUAAUGAUGAUGAUUCUCACUUCUCUCUCUCUCUCUCUCUCUCUUAAGACAUCUUUCCUCCUAUUUCUUUUUUUUACAUAUCUUAAACAUUUUCUUUGUCUUUCACUCCUUUCAUCCUCAUAUUAUCCAAGA